AUGGUUCUUGGGUAUUCGGCGAAUCGUACACGCUUAGACUUAUUUCUGGACGAAGCCGCCAGGAGAAAUUUUCCCUUGAAUUUCACUCCUAUGGAUUGUGCAUUGAGAGGUUAUGGUGCUUUCGUCUUGUGGAUGCAUCUUGUCGUCUACCUUAUUUUUAAGCACAUUCACGGCGAUGUUAGCUAUUCGCCUGAAGAGGAGCAAUCACUGAAGGAGUACGAUAGUCCUGCAGUGACUUCGGUUCUCAGCCCUGUGAGUAGGAGCCCCCUGACGAAGCGAUCAGAAACAGUGAAGAACUAUAAAGGAACGCACGACUUCGAAAAAGACGACGUCCAGAAGAAAGCCUGCUUUGAGCAAAAAAUCGAAUUCUUCGAAGAAAUCGACAUCGAAGAAACGAAAGGCUGUGAAGCGCUAGGCAAUGUGUAA